UGCUUGGGUUUUAACCGCCGGACCUUGCUCGAAUACCGACGCCUAACCCAUAUAAUAAAUUAUUAUUAUUAUCAUACUAUGAAUAAUGUAUUCAUUGUAUCAUGAGAAAAAAAUAUCUGCCCGCCCUCAUCGCCAAUUCCAACCUCACUUAAUUAAUGUUUUGACUGCUGUAGAGUGUCAAGCGGAAAACGAACGUGUCCUAAAUAGUGUCCCAAAUUUAGUGUUUUUAAUAAACAAUCAUAACAAUAUGCUUUAUGUGAAGAGCGAUGGUACUAUUUGUCAGGAGCCCCCAAUUCUGGAGAAGUUCCUGCGCCUUAUCAUUGGAGUGGUUGCAUUUGUGAUUUUUUUCUUCAAGUCCCUAGUGGGAAUGGACACAAGCAACAGCAAAAAGGGCAGCAGCUCAAGUCAAGGAGGAUCCUUCUUUGGAAGGUUUAGUGGAGGUGGUGGAGGAGGAGGCGGAGGAAAGCCGUUUAGGCCUGGAAAGCCUGGAGGAGGUCCCAAUAUUCGUACCAUGAGGGACAUUAAUCCGCCCACUAUACAAGGGGCAGGGGGCUGUCCUGGAGGCGGUUGCGGCAUGUAAUUUUUAUUACUCUUGUGUUAUGAAAUUUCAUCAUUCACGUACUAAAUUAUAAUAAUUAAAUCUAAGUAAUGGUUAUGAAAUUUCUUUUGUUAAAUUGAAAUUUAUUUAUUUAGAUUUAUUCUCACUUUGACACCUAUAAAGGAAUACAUUAUAUUUUUUCUACAA